GCGGGAAAUAUAGUCAGGUGAUCGCAGUUGGCGCUCAUUUCAAGGGGGAAAACAGCAACAAAGAAACAUCCCGUCAGUUGCAAAAUAUUUGACUUCCUCUCUCCUGUCUGAAGAAGUCAUCCAUACUCAGCCAAAAUGUUUGUCAUCAAGAGAGAUGGACGCGAGGAAAAGGUCAUGUUUGAUAAGAUCACCUCUAGGAUCCAAAAGCUCUGUUAUGGACUGAAUUCAGACUUUGUUGAUCCGACUGCAAUCACAUUGAAAGUCAUCAAUGGCCUCUACCCUGGCGUCACCACUGUCGAGCUGGACAACCUGGCAGCCGAGACUGCAGCCACCAUGACCACCAAACAUCCUGAUUAUGCUCAGCUGGCGGCAAGAAUUGCAGUGUCCAAUCUCCACAAGGAAACCAAAAAAGUCUUCAGUGAUGUCAUGAAUGAUCUUUACACCUGGAUCAACCCUAAAACAAACAAACACUCUCCCAUGAUUUCUCCAAAAACCCACAAGAUCAUCAUGGAUAACUCGGACCAAUUGAAUUCUGCUCUCAUCUACGAUCGUGACUUCACUUACAACUAUUUCGGAUUCAAGACCUUGGAACGUUCUUAUUUGCUGAAAAUGGAUGGCAAAGUUGCUGAGCGCCCCCAGCACAUGUUGAUGAGAGUCGCUGUGGGUAUACAUGAAACUGACAUUCAAGCAGCAAUUGAGACGUACAACUUGCUGUCCGAGAAGUGGUUUACACAUGCCUCCCCGACACUGUUCAAUGCUGGAACAUGCAGGCCGCAGCUUUCUAGUUGUUUCUUGCUGACCAUGCACUCGGACAGUAUAGAGGGUAUCUAUGACACCCUCAAACAGUGUGCCCUUAUAUCCAAGUCAGCCGGUGGUAUUGGGCUCAACAUUCACAACAUCCGAGGCACCGGUAGCUACAUUGCUGGGACAAAUGGGAUUUCCAAUGGCCUGCUCCCAAUGUUGCGAGUGUACAACAACACUGCAAGAUAUGUGGACCAGGGCGGCAACAAGAGACCAGGAGCCUUUGCCAUUUACUUGGAACCAUGGCAUUGUGAUAUGUUCGACUUUUUGGACUGUAAAAAAAAUACGGGAAAGGAGGAGAAUAGGGCUCGUGACCUAUUUUACGCACUGUGGAUCCCCGACCUAUUUAUGAAGAGAGUAGAGAACAAUGAAGACUGGACGCUCAUGUGUCCCGCAGAGUGUCCAGGGCUCGCCGACUGCUGGGGGGACAAGUUUGAAGAGCUUUAUACCAAAUACGAAAAAGAGGGCAAAGGACGCAAGACCAUAAAAGCUCAGCAGUUGUGGUACGCCAUCAUUGAGUCGCAGACAGAAACGGGCACCCCGUACAUGUUGUACAAGGACAGUUGUAACAGGAAGUCGAAUCAACAGAACCUCGGCACCAUCAAGUGUAGCAACCUCUGUACGGAGAUCGUGGAGUACAGCAGUCCCGACGAGGUCGCUGUGUGUAACUUGGCAUCCAUUGCCCUCAACAUGUACGUACUACCAGACAAGACGUUUGACUUCAAAAAGCUGAAGGCGGUUACGAAGGUCAUUGUAAGGAACCUGAACAAAAUUAUUGACGUCAACUUCUACCCCGUGGAGGAGGCCAAACGAUCCAACUUCCGUCACAGGCCCAUUGGUAUUGGAGUGCAGGGGCUUGCUGAUGCCUUUAUACUCAUGAGGUUCCCAUUUGAAAGCCCAGAGGCACAGGAACUGAACAAGCAUAUCUUUGAGACUAUCUACUUUGGGGCUCUGGAGGCGAGCUGUGAACUGGCAGAGGAACUAGGGGCAUACGAAACUUAUGAAGGGUGCCCCAUCAGCAAAGGGAUGUUGCAGCAUGACAUGUGGGAUGUCAAGGCAACACUUCACGACUGGGAUGGUCUUCGGGCAAAGAUUGCCAAACAUGGUGUGCGGAACAGUCUUUUGUGUGCGCCCAUGCCGACGGCGUCCACAGCCCAGAUCCUUGGGAACAACGAGUCCAUCGAGGCGUACACCAGCAAUAUAUACUCCAGGAGGGUCCUGUCGGGGGAGUUCCAGGUUGUGAACCAACAUCUCCUGAGAGAUCUGACGGAGAAAGGGUUGUGGAAUGACGACAUGAAAAACAAGCUCAUUGCAAAUGGAGGAUCUAUACAGAGUAUUCCGGAAAUCCCAGAUGAAAUCAAACAGUUGUACAAGACAGUUUGGGAGAUCUCGCAAAAGACUAUAAUCAAGAUGUCCGCAGACAGGGGAGCAUUCAUUGACCAAUCGCAAUCACUCAACAUCCACAUCGCAGAACCCAACUACGGCAAACUCACCAGUAUGCACUUCUACGCCUGGAAGCUGGGACUUAAGACCGGUAUGUACUACCUGCGUACCAAGGCCGCUGCCUCGGCAAUCCAGUUUACUGUGGACAAAACAAAGCUAGCCCAAACAUCGGAAACUGGCACAGAGAAAUUAGACGAAAAGAUGGCUGCUAUGGUGUGUUCCCUCCAGAAUAAGGAUGACUGCAUGAUGUGUGGGUCGUAGGCUGUGGAAGAGGGUACAGAACGAACAGGGACUGUAAUUGGUUUAGUGUUACUGAAUACCAAUGAUAGUAUGGGUUCAGAAAAAUGUUGUGCGAUUGUCAUUUGCAAAACUGAAGCAACCUAUUAGAAAGCCAUAAGACAGUAAUUUACAUAUUUUCUUUAACAGUAUUCUUCUGUGGAAAAGUAGGUAUUUAUAUAGUGCUCAGUUCUUCCAAAACAUGGAAAUUUCAAAUUAAAUGAACUAUUCCAACCUUUGAAUUGGAAGAGUUCAAAUGUGUCUUCAGGGGUGAAUGAGUUUAAUAGCCAUAGCAAUACUUAUAUGAUAAGAUUGAAUGACUGCAACAGAUUGUGAUUUUUUUUUAUUUUUUAUUUUUUCAAAAGUUGAGGCACAUUCAUCAACUGAGUGCUGUAUUCUCUUUGUUAAGCUUUAUUAUUAUUGAUAUAGUGCUAUUUAACAUGUAGAAAUCAUGAAAUGCAUUUCUCUUUAUUAUGGUAAUAUAUUUCAAUUGACUAGGGGUGUGUAUCAUGAGUGAUGCUGCAAUACUAUACGUGUCGAAAUACAAUACGAAUCACGCUAUCUGGAAGAUAUAUACAAUGUGCAUUUAAUAAUGAGAUAUUUUCAUUGUGUUCCUAUUAAAUAUUUGUAUCAAACCUUUGUCAUACACAAUAUUGCAUUUGAAAUAUUAAAUGAUAUUGAAUUAAAGACCAAAAUACCAGAAUAUAUGAUUUUUACAAAGCUACCAUUAUUGUACAUAAUUUGUAUAUGAAUUGUUCAAUAUUUAUGAUAAUACUUGCAUUUAUUUAUGUCUUGGAUAAAGAUCUUGUGAAACUUA